AAAAUACAAACAUUUCGUUUUCACACAUGCUGCUGCCAUCGUAGUGAGUGGCUUGUUUAAUUGAAGACGGGAGUUACUAGUAUUAAUGAAAUGGAUAUCAAGGAUAAAAGAUGUGAAGUUUGUUGUAAAGAAUUUGCCAAGUACAGGUGUCCUCGAUGCUCCAAACAGACUUGCAGUGUAAAAUGUGUGAAGGAGCAUAAGGCAACAACAGCUUGUAAUGGACAGAGGGACAAGUCAGCGUAUGUGCCCAUCAAAAAAUACACAGAGAAUCACCUCCUUAGUGAUUAUCAGUUCCUUGAGGAUGUCGACCGAGCAACAGACAUUGCCACUAGGAUUGCGAAGAAAUUCCCAAACAGGAAUCAUAACAACAAAAAGUUUUUGAAGAGGACAGCCAAUCAAAAAGGAGUACGUCUACUUUUUCUUCCAAAUGUUUUCACUAAACACAAGCAAAAUACAUCUCGAACUUUCAAAGAAAGUCCAAGUACCAUAUUCUGGUGUGUAAAAUGGAUAUUUCCACAAUCGGAAUAUACUGAGAUCUUUGAAAAAAA